ACAGCUCUCUCACUCUGGUCUGUGACACAUAGCUUGCAGGCAGGGAGAACUGCAGGCGAAACCAGGAAGUAGGCAAGGAGAGGUUUAUCAGACGAGGCCUGUGGGGAAAUGGGGGCUCUUUGGAAGUGACCUCUAGCCCUUCUUCAGCUUUGUAGCCUGGUUCCAGCAGCAGAAGGGGGACUUCCAUGUAACUCUUUCCGUCCUUUCUCAGCGGCCCUUUGCUUCAAAGGAAGUGAUGCUGUAGCUGUAGGACCCCAUUUUUCACCAUGAUGUCCGGACUACCAGAGGCCCUGAGCCGGCUGAGGGCAAAUUCGCUCCGCAGCUGCUUCAGCCUGGCGGGGCCCUCUGAGUCCACCAUGGUGGCCGUGCCCAUCGACAUUGAUAAAGACGAAGUAAGGAUCCUCAAGGUUUGCUUCUACAGCAACAGCUUCAACAUGGGCAAGAACUUCAAGUUAGUGAAAUGCACUGUCACUACUGCGAUCCGGGAAGUGAUCAAAUCAAUCCUGCUGAGCGGGAGGAUUGGCCCAGACAUCCAGAUGGCCGAAUGCUAUGGAUUACGCCUGAAACAUGUGAAAUCUGAUGAGAUCCAUUGGCUCCACCCAGACUUGACAGUUGGUGAAGUCCAGGAGAAAUACGAAUGCCUGCACAUUGAGGCUGAAUGGAGGUAUGACCUCCAGAUUCGCUACCUCCCUGAAGACUACAUGGAGCGCUUCCAAGAGGACCGGACAACACUUCUGUACUUCUACCAGCAGCUCCGGAGCGAGUACAUGCAGCGUUAUGCUAGCAAAGUAAGUGAGGGGAUGGCCCUUCAGCUAGGCUGCCUAGAGCUCAGGAGGUUCUACAAGGACAUGCCACACAACGCCCUAGACAAGAAGUCUAACUUUGAAUUCUUAGAGAAGGAAGUGGGGCUAGACCUCUUCUUCCCAAGACAGAUGCAGGAGAACUUGAAGCCCAAGCAAUUCCGCAAGAUGAUUCAGCAGACUUUCCAGCAAUAUGCCCUUCUGCGUGAGGAAGAGUGCAUUAUGAAGUUCCUUGGGACACUUUCCACUUUUGCCAACAUUGACCAGGAAACCUACCGCUGCGAGCUAAUUCAAGGAUGGAACAUUACAGUAGACCUGGUGAUUGGGCCCAAGGGCAUUCGUCAGUUGACUAGUAAGGAAGCCAAGCCCACCUGUCUGGCUGAGUUCAAACAGAUCAAAUCUAUAAAGUGUUCACCUGUGGAGGAAGGCAGAGCCCUGCUGCAGCUUGUACUUACUGGGAACCCCCAGUCCCUGACAAUCAAGACAUACUCCCUUGCCGAGGCAGAGAACAUGGCCGACUUGAUAGAUGGCUACUGCAGGUUGCAGGGAGGCUUGGAGGACAGCUCCCUCAUCAUCCGCCCCAACAGAGAGAAUGACAAGAGGAUCAGCCUGCCCCAAGUCCCCAUACAGCACAUAGAAGAGAGAAGAUCCACACUGACAAAGAGCAUCAGUGGAGAUUCAGAUAUUUAUGCUGAGAUUCCAGAUGAAGCAUCCCGGCCCAAAUCUGGAGCGAUGCAGUAUGUGAUCUCUCGAGAAGAUGUGGUUCUGGGCCGGAUCCUGGGAGAAGGCUUCUUUGGAGAGGUCUAUGAAGGUAUUUACACUAAUGAGAAUGGGGACCGGAUGGGCGUGGCUGUGAAGACCUGCAAGAAGGACUGCACUGCGGAAAACAAGGAGAAGUUCAUGAGUGAAGCUAUGCUGAUGAAGAAGAUGGACCAUCCCCACAUUGUGAAGCUCAUUGGGAUCACAGAAGACGAUCCAACGUGGAUUGUGAUGGAGCUGUAUCCUUAUGGAGAGCUGGGACACUACCUCGAGCAGAACAAGGCUUCCCUGAAAGUCCUUACCCUCAUCCUGUACACCUUGCAGGUUGGCAAGGCCAUGGCAUACCUGGAGGCCAUCAACUGCGUGCACAGGGAUAUCGCUGUCAGAAAUGUCCUGGUGGCUUCUCCCGAAUGUGUCAAAUUGGGAGACUUUGGCCUCUCCAGAUACAUUGAGGAUGAUGAAUAUUACAAAGCUUCGGUGACUCGCCUACCCAUCAAGUGGAUGGCGCCUGAGUCGAUCAACUUCCGCCGCUUCACCUCUGCCAGCGAUGUGUGGAUGUUUGCUGUUUGCAUGUGGGAAAUCCUCAGCUAUGGCAAGCAGCCAUUCUUCUGGUUGGAGAACAAAGAUGUGAUUGGGGUGCUGGAGAAGGGGGACCGCCUGCCCAAGCCUGAUGCCUGCCCACCCAUCCUCUACACUCUGAUGACCCGCUGCUGGGAUUAUGACCCCAGUGACAGGCCCAAGUUCAAGGAGCUGGUCUGCAGCUUGAGUGACGUUUACCAGAUGGAGAAGGACAUCGUCCGAGAACAAGAGAGGAACAACCGCCACCGUCCCCCCAAAAUCAUGGAGCCCACCUCUUUCCAGGAGCCUCCACCAAAGCCCAGCAGGCCCAAGUACAAACCACCUCCUCAGACUAAUCUACUGGCUCCCAAGCUCCAGUUCCAGGUGCCCGAGGGUCUGUGUGCCAGCUCGCCAACGCUCACCAGUCCCAUCGAGUACCCAUCACCUGUCAACUCCCUACACACACCACCGCUCAACAGGCACAACGUCUUCAAGCGCCACAGCAUGAGGGAGGAGGACUUCCUUAGGCCCAGCAGCCGGGAAGAGGCCCAGAAACUUUGGGAGAUGGAGCGGGCCAAGAUGAGGCAGCUCCUUGACAAGCAGCAGAAGCAGAUGGCAGAGGAUUAUCAGUGGCUGAGGCAGGAGGAGAAAGCUCUGGACCCCAUAGCCUCUAUGAGCAGUGACUCCUCCCCCCCAAAACUUCCUGAGAAGGAGAUGGGCUACACCGAGUUUACAGGGCCCCCCAAGAAGCCACCCAGGUUUGUACCACAGAUGUCACUUCAGCCAACUCCUACGGCCAACUUUGACCGGACGGACGAUGCUGUGUACAGUGAUGUUAUGGACCUGGUGAAGGCUGUUUUGCAGCUUAAGAAUGAGGUCAGCAACCAUCCACCAGAGCGGUACAUCCUCGUUGUGAAGAAUGUAGGUCUCUCUCUUCGGAAGCUCAUUGGAAGUGUAGAUGACAUCCUUCCAGCUUUGCCUUCAUCUUCGCGCCAUGAGAUCGAGGGUACUCAGAAACUUCUCAACAAGGACCUUGCCGAGCUGAUCAACAAAAUGCGCUUGGCUCAGCAGAAUGCCAUGACUUCUCUGAGUGAGGAGUGCAAGCGCCAGAUGCUGACUGCCUCCCACACCCUGGCCGUGGAUGCAAAGAAUCUUCUGGAUGCUGUAGACCAAGCCAAGGUGCGAGCCAACCUGGUGAAGGUCUCGUUUGAGUGACUGAGAGAGCUGGCCUUUAAAGUAACACACAUACACAUAUAUAUAUUUAUAUAUAUAUAAACCCCUCCAGUUCCCCCAUCCCCCGUGCCACAGAAACUCUUGUGUCUUUGGUUUUGUCACGUCUGUCUUCUGAGAACAAAGGAGGAGACUCCUGAGAGAAGCCAUGCUCAGGGCAGGGAAGAGACUUUUGUCUUCUUGCAUCCCAUAGAACGUGCUGCUAAGGGCAGGGGUUGGGGGUGGGGGGAACGUGCAUCAAAGACCCCUGUCCUCUGGUGGAGGAUACUUAAGGCCAUUCAGUGGGGCUUUCUGAACCUUCACCACUUGUGUUAUCACAGAAAGUGGAUUGCCUGUAUUAUGUCCUGCUUCCUUUUGGGUACCUGUGACAGUGAGAGGUACCAUCCAUCUGGCUGGUGAAGCAGAUCAAAGGCAGGUGUGGGUGGGGCGGCUGGUGGGCCCCACAGUGUUCUCAGGGUAAGCCAGAGAAGGGUGGGUCAAGGUUGCUCCUUGGUUGUUCCAAGGGUUUUAACGGUCAACUGGGAACAGGAGACUUGCUAAGCGAGUCUCUUGAUGGAGAAAUUUCCCAUUGGGGAUACUGGUUUGUUGGAAGAGACUAUUUUGCUUCUUUGUACAUUGUAUAGAACAAUUUAUUUAACAACUAACAACCGAUUUGUGAAGCCCCCUCCCUAAUCCUUCCUUCCUUUCUUUCUCCCUCCUGCUUCCCAAACUUAAUUUGAGAUGAACCAAUGUAGGGGGAAUAAAUGGAUCUCCGAAUUAUGUAGGUCUGAAAGGACUGUAAGGGGGAAAACUUACUAAAAACUAAAGUUUCAAAUACGAAUGUAAAUUAGCAAGAAAACACACACAAGCACCUCUCCCUCCCAUGCUUUCAAUGAAGCUUGAAUCUGGACCUUGAUUUAGAAUUUAAAAUAGUAUUUGAAUUCGCUGGGGUUUUUUAGAAAUUAAAUAGGGCUCACAACCUUGAAACUCAGGCUUCACUAUGAAACAGACGUUUCAUGGAAAUCAUUCAGGUUUUUGAAGCUUUGAAGCCAUUCAUUCGUUUUUUAAAAAUCAAUUGUUUUGAAUGCAGGAUCCUCUCUCCUCCCCAAAAUUCAGAAUCCAUGUGCUUUUUCUCUUGUGCCUGAGAAGUCGGGUUGUGUUUCUUUUCUUAAAGAAAAGGCCUGGAGUGAGGUCAGCUGCUGACCUGAGCGUCUUUGUAAUAUUAUCUUGUGCAUUUAGAAAAAGGCAACUAUACCAGAAACCUUUCUGUUUGAUACGAUUUGUUGGUUUUAAACUGAACAUUGUGUGUUUUGGGGGGGCUCUCACCACACAUCUUAACAAAGCUGUUAUUUUUUGCUCGAGAUAAAUGAGGUAACCCAA